AUGGAAUAUAUCGGCGACACCCAUCAAGCCCUUCAGGAAGAAAUGGACCGUCAAGUUGGCCUUGAAGCGGACCUUGCUGAAUAUACCAGAAGAGGAAUAUUUUCUGCUGAACACUACGCGGAGUUUGCGGAACAAAUUGACGUAAAUCAGUGCCAUCUUGAAUACCUCGCAGGCAGCACCGGCCUAGAAAAACUAUUCUCCAACCUAAGCCGUAACAUUCGGAGCAACUGGAAGACAAUUCAGAUGUUCUCCCUAGCCAGUCGAGUGCACAUAUGCAACGCAGCGGAAUAUCAGAUGUUCUACUACAUCUCUGAUCAUAUGUUCAACCAAAUCAACAACAAGACGACAUACCUCUACCAACAAGCGGAGGAGAUUGCCUCCGAUGACAACUACACACCGGUCAAUGUGGCAGAACGUUUAACUGCCCUCCUCAAUGAAAGCCUCAAAGAGUUCCAAUCAAUGUCAUCUGAAAUCCUAAAACUGAUCGACAAAGCUCAUAAAGUGAGUCCGGUGUACCAGCGCAUACAACCACUGGACCGACCCACGAUGGGUAUGAUGCUGUGUGACUACAAGACCACAAACUUCAGUCUCCGUGCUGGUCAACAGGUCAUUGUUAUGGACAAUAAUAUGCCGACGCCGUCUAGCAGUAGUGAUGAAAUUGCAGCUGGGAGCACUCAAACGGAGAGUACUACAACCACUACUACCACUUCCAUGGGUACUCAGUGUGUUUGUAUGCAACGACCAAUUUCACCAUCACAUCAAGCCAUGCCUGGUGACAGAUCUGUCACAGAUGAGAGUACCACUUACACAGACGAAACUGAAUGUUCUACCGACGAGACUAGUCACUGCAGUGGGACCGUCACUUGUUCCAGUACCACAUGCAUGCAAAAGGAAGCAAGGAUGUGGAAAGUGCGUACGCCCGACUGCGCGAUGACCAUGUCCGUGCCGUCUGUGGCCAUUUGGUUGUGCGAAACCGACCGUCAAGCCAUUGACCACUCAUUUCAGUUGGCCGAACACUUUGUUGAGGUCUGGUCUAACCUACUGGACAGCUGGCUUGUAGGCGUGAUCAAUAUGUUCUCGAGGCUCUUCAUAAAUUUGGAGGAUGCCGAGCACAUUCACGUAGAAAGUCAGGCUGUCCUAAACCAGUUAUUUGAAGAGCUCGAUAGAGCCUUUCCUGGACACAUGACCGGUCAAAUCAACCAGAAAUUUACCGAAAUCUUAACCAAUCUCCGUCAACGAAUAAGUACAGAACGAGAAGAUUCAACGUUCUCAGGUGAAGUACAAAUAACCACUACUGAAAUAGCAACAUACCGGAAAGUUCUCCGACAGUUCGGGGUAAGUAAUAUUCUAUUCGCCUCACCUCCAUAUAAAUGUUUUAAGUGCAGUGCUACUCUUACGAAUUUCAGUGUUGUUUUGAUAGUAUACUUUGACUUCCUAAUCAAUAGCAUCUGGAUAUUAUGA